AUGAAUUCUUUAAUUCAAGUUUUACAUUCAUAUUCAUUAUGGAAUUAUUCUAUGAUUGUAUUAUAUGUAAUAUUGAACAUCUUACAAACUAAUGCAACAUUUGUCAACAAUUCGCUUAAUGACAAGAUACGAUUAGUUGAUGGAAAUCAAUUGGCACAUGCUUUAUUAAAUACAAAUGAUUUACAACAUUAUUACAAUCAUCAUCAACUCAUAGCUAAAUCGGUGAUUGGUUCACCCUACUUGAAUGUUGAUUCUAUUGGAUUACCGACAAGUAUUCAAUUUCCAGCUGAACCAGUCAGUGGAUUGUUUUUAACUCCUGCUAUAUUAGAACAAACGAAUAAACCAUUGAAUCAGUCCAAUAUAUUUGAUUGUCCAUGGAAUUUGACAGCAUGUGUCUCAGAUCAAUUUACUAUUGGAUUUGGUUUAUUCCCUAAACAAAAUAUACAUAAUUCUAAAACUCAUGUUGCUAGCUUUAUAGCUUCAUAUUUUACUAAUGAUCAACAACAAAAAAUACCAUGGAUACUAGAAUUUUAUCUUUUAUCUGGUGAUUUAUUAUUCAUCAAUUGGGAUCAAUUAUUCAAUACUAAUGAAUCAUUCAAAUCUUCAUCCAUAUCCAAAAUUAUCCCAUUAAAAUUUAAUCAAUGGAAUAAUAUAGAAACUACAAUUUAUUUAAAAGGGGAACAACUUAUUAUAAAAAAUAAUAAUAAUCAAUAUAUUACAUCACAAAAAUCAAAUCGAUUAUCAAUAAUUACUAAUCAUAAUAUUGAUUUAUUAAAAUUAUUGAUUGGUUUAUUAUUUGGGAAUAUUAUUCAAUUACAAUCUAAUAUUAAUAAUGAUAAUCAAUCAAUUAUUGAUUUUGCAAUUAAUAAUUUUUAUAUUGAAUCACCUGAUAUUAAAAAAUAUCGUAAAUCAAAAGAUUUAACAAAUAUAUUAGAACAAAUACCAACUAAUCCAAUUAAAUAUAUAUCAUCAGUAAAUUUUCCUGAAGGUAGUUUUGUACGUUAUGAUUUUAUGAAUCGUUUACAAAGAACUGUUGAAGAAGAAGUAUUAACAAUUAAUUUUACAUUACCAUUUGGUGUUACAUCUGGUUUAUUAUGGUUUAGUGAAAGUGAUCAAUCAAAAAGUUAUGUUUAUAUAAAGAACUCAUUACUUUAUUACAUUUAUGCAAUUACUGAUCAAACUGGUAAAGCACAACGUACAGUAACUGAAGAAAUAUUUUUGAAUUCAUCAUUAAUUCCAGAAAAACCACAAGUUUUACAACUAAUUCGAGAUAGAGAUAAUUUGACAAUUACACUUGAUCAUCGUAGCCAAGCAAGUAGAUCAAUCGCUGGUCGAGCACCAUUAGUAUCAACUGAUGGAAAAGUUUAUCUUGGUGGAUCAGUUGAUCCAAUCAAAGAUACUGAAGGCAAAGUGGAUAGAACUUUUGAAGGACGUAUUACAAAGGCUGAAAUUACAAGAAAAGGUGAUAAAGAUGUCAAUCUAUUAAAUGUUUUAAUUGAUCCUAAAUGGAAAGAUUCUAUACAACAAACUGGUAUAACUGAUGUAAGGUUUCGUUUACCUAAAGCGCAACUUAUUAUUGGACCAACAUCAUCAAAUAAACGUUUUACAUCAUUAGAAUCAGAAUUUUCCCGUACACCAGUUCCAAUUACAUUUAUGGGUACUGAUGAUUCAAUUGUACGAUUUGAUACAUGGAAUUUUGAAUUAUAUCGAUCAUUUGAAAUUAAAUUUUCCACUUAUGAACCAAAUGGAAUUUUAUUCUUUGUUGGACCUGAUCAAGAACAUAGAGAUUUUGUCUGCGUAGAAUUAUUCGAUGGAAAUGUUUAUUUUGUUUAUGCAGUUGGUGGACAUUAUAAACAUAUACGAUUGAAUCCACCAAAAACAGUUGUUAAUGAUGGAGGUAUAUAUAGUGUAUAUGUAUCACGUAAUGCCCAGCAUAGAUUUACUGUCAAAUUCAAUAAUCAAUUAAUUGAUGUUGAAGAAGGUAAAGAAGCUCAUCAGGCUGCAUUUGCUACAUAUACUUAUAUUGGAAGUAUUGAUAAUGUUGGUCGUUUACCAUGGCAUGUUUGGUCACGUGAAAAUUUCGCCGGUUGUAUUCAUUCAAUAUUAGUAAAUGAAAAUAGUUACUUAGAUGUUUCAUCUCGAAUGAUUCAACAUACUGAUAUUGGCAAAGGAAUUCGUUUAGGACAAUGUGAAGUACCAAAACAACGUUGUAAUGAAAAAAUCUGUGGUGGUGGACGAUGUUCUAGGCGUUCAUAUCCAUUUUUAGAAGAAUUAAAUUUUGCUUGUGAUUGCAGUGAAUCAGAUAAAACAUUUCCAGAGAAAACUAUGGAUAUUCGACGAUCUGUUGGAUGUGAUCGAGAUGCUCCAAUCCUUGAAAUGGAUGGUGAUAUGGUAUAUGUAAUUGAUUUUGAAGAACAAAUCAAUAAAUUAAUAACACAUACAGAUGAUAUUAGUUUACAAUUUAAAACAGAAACUACACUCUAUGGACAAUCGGAUCAUUUACCAUUAUUCUAUUCUGUUUCACGAGCUGAUAAAUCAUAUUUCCGUGUAGAUUUAGUCAAUGGACAAAUACGUGUUCAAACAAAUAUUAAUCAUAAAGGAAAAUCUAAUGAAUACGAAGAAUUCUUUCUUCCUAGUUCUACAUUAAAUGAUAAUCGUUGGCAUACAUUACAUAUUGCACGUCGUGCUGAUUAUAUUGUCAUCUCUGUUGAUAGAGCUUCAAUAACUGGGAAAAUUCCUUUACUUGAUCCUCAUGAUACAUUUCAAUUAAUAGCUCAACAAAUUUAUUUAGGAAGUGCUGGUCCACCAAAUUUUGGUUAUUAUCAAGAUAUUGAUACAAAGAAAAUUAUGUUACCACCGGGACCAAGAUUUAUUGGUGAAUUUAGAAAUUUUUAUUGGAAUCAAUAUGAUUUAAUUGGUACAAAAUUAUUUCCAACAAAAUAUACUACACAUUUAUUAAAUCCACCAUCUAUAAGACAUAAAUUUCCUAUAUGGCCAAGACAACAAACAUAUGCAAUUACAUGUAAAUCUGGUCUAAUCUAUGCUCAUAUGAAUAAACCUAUAACAAUGAAAAAUGGUGGAGAUACAUGGUUAAUUGAAUUUAAAACAAAUUAUGAUGGAAUAUUGUUCAGGGCUCGUGAUAUCAAUAAUCCUAGUGGAAUACACAUAACAGCUAUGAUUCUUAGUGGUCGUAUACAUAUUAUCUAUUCAAUUCAUGAUCAACAAGGUGUUUAUCAAAUUACCUCUGGUCCAGGUGCUGAUAAUGUUGCUGAUGGUAAUUGGCAUCGUCUUGCAAUUACUCUACGAAAAUAUAAUAAAGAAAUUUUAGCCUAUCUUGAUGGUUAUUCAAAUGAGUAUCUAAUUGGUAAAAAUCUACGUGUUGAUUUAUUAUCACAAUUUGAUAUAUUCUUUGGUGGUAUACCAGAACAUGAAUGGUUAAUAUUACUUAAUUUAUUACGUCGUUAUUCUAUACAAUCAUUAGAACGUAGUGAAGCUAAAGAUGGACAACAACCAUCAUUAACUGGUUGUAUUGGAUCAUUUAAUAUAAGAGUUAAUAAUUUCACUGAUAAUUUAUUAAAAUUAUAUGAUAGUUAUUUAACUGCAUAUCCAGCUAAUGAAUUAAUACGUGGUUAUUGUAUGGAUUUAAAACGUUGCACACCAUCUUAUUGUCAUCAUGGUGGAACAUGUCGACAAAUAUCUGAUAGUGAAGUUCAAUGUAUAUGCACUGGAACUGGUCAUGAAGGACCUAGAUGUGCAAAUCCAAUAACUGAAUGUCCACCAGGUUACUGUAAAAAUAAUGGACGAUGUAAAAUAGUUAAUGGUCAACCAGUAUGUGAUUGUUCUAGUACAGGUUAUACUGGAACAAUGUGUGAAAUUAGUCCAUGCAGUAGUGGAACAUAUUGUCAUAAUAAUGGAAGGUGUUAUAUGAUGGGUUCAGUUGCUGCUUGUGAUUGUAAAGGGACUGGUUUCACUGGACCAAGAUGUCUUGAAUCAAUUUGUACUCCAGGUUAUUGUGGCUAUGGAGGUGUAUGUACGGUAGAUCCACGUACACAACAACCAGUAUGUAAUUGUCGUGGAACUGGUUACACUGGACCACGUUGUGAAACUCGUAUAUGUCCUGUUAAUUAUUGUGAAAAUUAUGGUGAAUGUAAAGUAGGUCCUGAUGAUCGUCCAACAUGUGACUGUUCCAGAACUAAUUAUGCUGGUCCUACAUGUAAUAUACCAUUAUGUCCGCCAAAUUAUUGUACUGGACAUGGCAUUUGUGUUGUACGUCAAAGAAAUCCUACAUGUGAUUGUUAUCCAGGCUAUAGAGGACCACGAUGUGAAAUUGAUGUAUGUCCAUCUAAUUAUUGUAUGAAUGGUGGUACAUGUUAUCCUGGUGCAGAUAAUCGACCACAUUGUACGUGUCCAGUGAAUUUUGAAGGGGAACAAUGUGAAAUGCGAAAAUUAUGCCCACCAGAUUAUUGUUUACAUGGUGGACGAUGUACCAUGAAUAGGGGUAUACCAAAGUGUGAUUGUUUAGGCACCGAUUAUAAAGGUACACAAUGCGAAAUACCUGAAACAUGUCCAAUUGGUUAUUGUCAAAAUAAUGGUGUUUGUUCAGUGAAAAGUGGUAGUUAUGUAUGUGAUUGUACUGGGACAGGAUAUCGCGGACGAACAUGUACAGAGCCUAUAACAUGUCCACCAAAUUAUUGUAAUAAUGGUGGUGUUUGUUCAGUUCUACCUGGAAAUGUUUAUCGAUGUGAUUGUUCAAUGACAGCAAGAACUGGACCGCAAUGUGAUUCCAGUGCUCAUGGUAUUCAUAUUGGAUAUGAAAGAGAUGGUUAUCUUAUUUAUAAUUUAAUACCAUCUAUACGUACUAUUGAUGAUAAUGUUACAUUUGGUUUUAAAACUUAUAUGAAUUCUGGUACAUUAGUUACAUUUUUAACAACAGAUGGAAAAUAUUGGGCUAUUAAAUUACGUGAUGGUCGUGUCGUUGUGGAUACCGGUGGUAAAAUUACACAUGACUUCGGUAUGCGUUCAAAUGAUGGAAAUUAUCAUAUUAUAAAUAUUGAACGUAAAGGACGAACAAUGAUUGUUACACAAGAUGGUGAAGUAUUAAGAUUAUCAUUACAAGAUUUAGUUAAUCCAUAUGAUAAUAGUCUCAUUUACAAUGCUAUUCAUUUAGCUGUAGAUGAGAAAAAAUCUGAUAUAUUUCGUGGAGUAAUUGGAGGUUUGCAUUGGAAUGGAAGAUAUCCAAUUGAUGAUUUAAAUGCACGUAUAGUUACAUCAACUGGUACAGUGACAAUUGUACCAACACCAGGUUUUCAAAUACAUCCACCAAGACCACAACCUGAAUGUAUAUCUGAUUAUUGUUCAAAUGGUGGUCGAUGUUAUGCUGAAAAUUAUCAACGGAAAUGUGAUUGUCGAUAUACAGCAUAUAAUGGAGCAAGAUGUGAAAGACAAUCUCGUGGAUUUAUGCCACAGUUACCAGAUAAUGGAGCUUAUGUAAUUUAUCAAAUUCAACCAUUAAAUCGAACAAAUCGUGAUCAAUUAAGAGUUGCUUUUCAAACAUGGUAUAAUGAUGGUCCAAUUGUACGUGUUGUACAAACCGAUGGUUCAUAUUAUGAAGUUUAUUUGCGUAAUGGAAAACUAUACACCGAUAUCAAUGGGGUAGAAUUCACUCUCAGUAACCCAUCACAAAUAUUUAAUGAUGGUCGUAUGCAUGUGAUUACAAUGGAUCGAAAUAAAUCGCAAUUCAAUUUCACUAUAGAUGGACAUCAUACAUCCCAUUAUGUACCUAGUAUUGUCUCUGUGGACGGUUCAUUAAUAUCACAAGAGAUAAUUCUUGGAGCUGAUCGAACUUAUCAAAAUACUUUCAAAGGUGUCAUUGGUGCUUUCUAUUGGAACGGACAAUAUUUAAUUAAUCAAAUUGGUUCACUUGUCUCCAAUACUAAAGUCAUGGUUGCUCCUGGUAGAAAUGUUGCUAAAAGUAUGGAUGAAAUAGUUGUAGUACUUAUGCCUGAAUUAUUAAAACCAAUUAAACCAAACAUUCCUGAUGAUAAACCAUUACCAGAAGUUCUACCAGAUGGUAUCAUAUCAGGUGGUGUUGUUAUGCCUGGUUUAGGUACUAGAAAUGAAGACCAUGGAGGUAAAAUUCAUAUAUCCGAUGGUAAUAUUUAUGGUGCCGGUGCAACUGGAAUUAAUGCUGGUACUGGAUUGAUUCUUUCUCAAGCUGGUGGACUAUUCGGUUUAGGCGGUGCUAUGAUCGAUGGUUUAUUAGCUGGAUUAUUAUUAGCUUUGUUAUUAUUAAUUUCUGCUUUAAUAUGGGCAUGUUGGAGAUGUAAACCUGGAUGUUGUGGUUGGUGUGCUGGUAAAUCAAAUGGAUUAGCUGGACGUAGUGCAUGGAGUCGAUUAGCUGCGAUAUGUUGUGCUGCUCCUGAAAGUGCUAUUAUUGUCAAAGAAAAGAAACAUUUACUGAGUGACAACGGUAACGUAGGUAUAGUAGAUGGAGCAGCGACUGGUGGUAUGACUGCAACAAGUCUGCAAUCAUUACAAACACAAUCACGUAUAGUUAAAGCACCUCUAUCGGUAACCAGUUAUCCUAUAGGACAUAAUCAUAGAUUGGAUCUAACAGAUCAAAUCGGAGCAUCAGGUAUUUCCACUAUACGUAUUGAUCAACCAGUAAUGGAUGAUUUAAGCGCUCGUCAAAAUGUUUACAAUAUGGAAGGUAUGAAAGUUGAUUGUGUUGUCAUUACUAAGAAUAGUAAAUAUGUUGUCACUGGAUCUGGUAUGGGACCACCACAAGUAUGGGAUACUCAAUCUGGUGAUUUAUGCAAAAUUAUGGAUGGUCAAGAAUUCGGUUGUACAGAUUUACAUUUGGCUUGUGAUGAUUCCGUCUUGGUCGCACAAGUAUUGGAUGAUAUCACUGGAUUGGAUACACUGAAUGAACCAAGUGAAAUUCGUGUAAAACGUCUACAGUUAUGGGAUUUUGCUACAGGUCGACAACUUGAAAUGCCAAUUGAAAUUAUGUGUACAGCUACUUGUAUAACACGAUCAAGUGAAUAUGUGAUUAUAGCACAAGUUACACAAGAAGGACCAGCUAUAUUAGUAUGGAAUUUAACUGGGAAUCAAUCUGAUCAUAUUAUUCCAUAUCAUCCAGUCAAUCCAUUAUUAAAAGAUUCUGUAUCAUAUUUAAAUAUUUCAUUGGAUGAUCGUCUAGUUGUUGCUGGAUUAAAUAAUCCUACGGAUGAAUUAGCUUACUUUAUGGUAUUUGAUUUAACUGCAAGUUAUGUGGGUAUACAUCAACCUAAAUUUAUCACAUUCAAUGCUAAAGCUGAAGCUACCGAAAUUAUUGGAAAUGAUGAAGCUGUAACAGGUACACGUCGAGGUGAAUUAUUCGUAUGGAAUUUAUUAACUGGACGAGUGAUGCGUCAAAUACAAAUUAGUGCAACAUUAGAAGGUGGCAACUUGACUAUGUUACCACCUCAUACUGAAACAAUACAUUGUGUGAAAUUAUCUACAGAUGGACAUUAUCUAGUAACUGGAUCACAAGAUCAAACAGCUAGAAUAUGGACAAUGCCUGAUGAACGUUUAUUGCAUACAUUAGAAGGACAUGCUGAUGAUGUUCUGAGUGUAGCAAUUUCAUUAGAUUCAGAAGUUGUUGUUACUGGUAGUUGGGAUGGUUCAAUACGUGUAUGGCGUAUACGUGAUGGUAAUCAAAUGUGUUGGUUUACAUCAAAUAUUGAAAUAUUACAAGUAAAAAUAAGUAAUGAUAAACGUGCAUUAGUUGCAUUAGGUGAAAGAAGUGGACAUCGUAAAUUAAUUAUGUUACAAGUAUUACGUAAUCGUACCAGGACAACAACUAAUUUACGUACAGCAAAUUCACGUAUUAAUUCAUCAUUAUCACCACCAACACCUGGUUAUUCACCAUCAUCACCUAUUAUUAUGGCAUAG